AUGAGAGUAACUGCUGCUUUAUUGCAAAACACUGCUAAAAUGAUUGAUAAAUAUGCUCUCUAUGUCCCUAAAGAAGGUGUUUUCCCUCAAAAGUUUAAAGUGGCCUCUAUUGCCAGUGGUGUCAAAAAAAAUAAUGCUUUAGAUCUUGGUAUUAUUGUCAACACAAACAAAUCGCAUUUAUCUUCUGCUGCUGCUGUAUUCACCACAAACAAAUUCAAAGCUGCUCCUGUGUUAACUUCUAAACAAGUGUUUGAAGCCACUCGUGGAAAAGGUAUUAAUGCCAUUGUGGUAAAUUCUGGUUGUGCCAACUCUGUUACUGGAGAUAUUGGGUUGGCUGAUGCAAAUGAAAUGAUUAGUCUUGUAAACAAUCAUAUGGGUGGAACACCUAAUUCCACUUUAGUGAUGUCCACAGGUGUUAUUGGUCAAAGACUGCAAAUGAACAAGAUUACUGACGGUAUUAAUACAAUGUUCAAUGAGAAUAGAUUCAAUAAUGACUUCCAAUCUUGGUUAAAUAUUGCAAAAUCUAUUUGUACUACUGAUACUUUCCCAAAACUUGUUACUUCUAAAUUUACAUUACCUGAUGGUAAAGAAUACACUUUGACAGGUAUGACUAAAGGUGCUGGUAUGAUCUGUCCCAAUAUGGCUACUCUAUUAGGUUAUAUUGUCACUGAUUUACCAAUUGAAAGUAAAGCUUUGCAAAAAAUGUUAAAGUAUGCUACUGAUCGUUCCUUCAACUGUAUCUCUGUUGAUGGUGAUAUGAGUACAAAUGACACAAUCUGCAUGAUUGCCAAUGGUGCCGUUGAUACCGAAGAGAUUACUGAACAAUCUGAUGCCUAUCAAAAAGUCCAAGAACAAGUCACUGGAUUUGCACAGAAGUUGGCUCAAUUGGUGGUUCGUGAUGGUGAAGGUUCCACUAAAUUUGUCACUGUCAACGUUAGAAACUCUUUGACUUUUAAAGAUGCCAAGAUUAUCGCAGAGUCAAUCUCUAACUCAAUGUUGGUCAAAACUGCCUUAUAUGGUCAAGAUGCUAAUUGGGGUAGAAUCUUAUGUGCCAUCGGUUAUGCUAAAUUAGAUAAUCUUAAAUCUUUAGAUGAAAAUAAGAUUAAUGUUAGUUUUGUGGCCACUGAUAACUCCAAACCACGUGAAUUGAAACUUGUUGUCAAUGGUGUACCACAAUUAGAUAUAGAUGAAGCUAGAGCCUCUGAAUUAUUAGCUUUAAAUGAUUUAGAAAUUUUGGUUGAUCUUGGUACUGGCACUGAAUCUGCCCAAUUCUGGACAUGUGAUUUAUCUCAUGAAUACGUUACUAUUAAUGGUGAUUAUAGAACUUAA